CACAACCGGGUCUAAAAAAUCUCAAACAUUUGAUGCAGUCCCCAAAGUUUCCGGGUCUUAAACGACGACAUAAAGAUGACGAAGAAAAGUCUGGAAUCGGACUCGAAAAAGUUCAUGCGUCCAAAGGAAGAAAUUAAUGGCGCCGGAAAACAAAGUAAAGCAGCCACAAACUUGGUGAGUCCAAAUCUGUACGUUGCAAAUUGUGGUCCUGCUGUGGGUCUUUCACAUGAUACCAUAUCAACGGUGUUUCGUCAAUUCGGUGAAGUUAUAGGAGUAUACGACGCCGACGAUAGUGGAACUCGUGUUAUAGUUUCAUUUUCGGAAGAGGGUUCUGCUCAAGCUGCUUUCACUGCUUUCAAUGGCCGCCACUGUUUGCAGCUUGCUGGACGCUGUUUACAUAUUCGCUAUUCUGUGCCUCGCCCUGCUUCCUCGGUACGUGACCGUGGUUUCCUUGAUGUAUCUUUGGCUGCUGAAGAGCUUAAUAUACCUGGCCUUCACUUGUUUCAUGACUUCGUUAAUCUGAAAGAAGAGGAGGAACUACUUGCGGCUGUUGAUUCCAGACCUUGGAUAAGUCUAGCAAAAAGAAGAGUUCAGCAUUACGGCUAUGAGUUCUCUUAUCAAACAAGAAAUGUUGACACGAAAAAGUGCUUGGGUGGACUUCCAUCUUUUGUUUCACCUGUGAUAGAAAAAAUCUCAGCGUCUUCUCUUCAUGAUGCUGCAACUAUCAAGUUGGACCAGCUAACAGUUAAUGAAUAUCCUUCAGGGGUGGGAUUAUCCCCUCAUAUCGACACUCAUUCAGCAUUUGAGGACAAGAUUUUCAGCCUUUCAUUAGCUGGUCCUUGCAUCAUGGAAUUCAGGAGAUAUCAAGGAGGCAAUUGGCCAUCUAAUCCUGCAAUUAUGCACGAAGAUAAUUUGGAGAAUUUCGCAAAUGUUUCAAGGAGAUCUUUAUACCUUCCCCCUCGAUCAAUGCUUCUCAUAUCAGGGGAGGCACGUUAUGCUUGGCAUCAUUACAUUCCACACCACAAGGUUGAUACUGUUAAAGAUAACCUAAUUCGAAGGGCCUCAAGAAGGGUAUCUUUCACACUACGCAAGGUGAGAACUGGACCUUGCUGCUGUGAUUUCGGUCUGUACUGUGAUUCUCAGCGUUAGACAUUUGGUUCUGGCUUCCUGAGUAAUUGUACUUGUAACCAGCGCGAUGUGACUAGUAGGAAGACACGAUGGUGUUGCAAGAUAGGUUAAUUCUCUCGUGUUCAGCUCACAUCUAUCGCAAGUUGGGCUCCACACAAGCAGAAAUGAUUGUAGUUUUCACUUUUAUGUCUCCGUUUCUAGAAUACUGAUGUUUAGGAUGUGCUUUAAGAUACAAUGAAGAGGACAUGUUCCAAAAAUUUGCUUUAGAGUUGCGUUCUCGGAGAUGGUUGUUUGGUGAUACUGGCAGAACGUGGAACUAGCAUAAGCCUCAAUACAUUUGACAUGGUUCAAGAAUUGGUUUGAAAAGAUAAUACUGCCGAUUUUACAGCGACUGAUGCCCCUUUAUGAACACAUACCAUCUAAUGUUAUUUGGUGUACCUAUUUUGAUGUGUAUGUUUCGAUGAUUUUAUUUAGAUUGAAUCAGAAAGUUUUCGAUUGUCACUUGAAAUACAAAAAACACAUAUAUUCUUCCUUGAAAUAUAUAGUAAGGUGUACCUGCUUCAUGACA